AGAGAAGUGUUUAAAACGCAGAUUAUUCCCAGGGCAUGGGUGUAAUGCAUUUUGACUUGAGUUAUUGGUUUUAUCCAGCGCGCUGUCUUGUCGUCUGCACCAUAGCGAACUCAUAAACGCUGUACUGUUGACUACUACGGUGUAUUUAUUCCACAUCUGACAAAGAUCUAACCCUUCGAAGAGAUUCAAACUCUUUUUUUUAAUCAACGGAAGCCUACAGCAACUAGCGUUUUGGAACUCUGUGGAGACGCCAUUGGCAAUGACAUCGCUCCCGUGCGCUCUGUGCAUAAUAUGGAUAUGUCUGAUCUGUCAUUCGACGGGAACGGGAUUUAUUUACCAGUUUCCCGGAGUGACUGGUCAAAGCGUCAACUCGGAGCAGAGCGCGACCACAGGUUCACCAGGCAGCGGAUCAAACAUUCACUUCAGGAACUGGUGCCAGUACACUGUGUUGAGGACAGUGAAGUGCCAGGUGCACAAUGGGACAGAGACCAUGGUACAAAGAGUGUUUCAAGGCUGCCGCUGGCCAGGACCCUGCUCUAAACUCAUCAGCUACAGGACCGUGGUCAGGCCGUCGUACAAGGUGGCCUAUCGGCAGGUCACAGCUCGGGAGUGGAGGUGCUGUCCUGGGUUUGUAGGUGAUGAAUGUGGAGAAGAGUGUAUGAACUGCACUGGCUUCACUGACAUAAACAACCGGCUGAACUUCAUCGAAUCCAAGAUUAAACUGCUAGAGGGAGCAGGUUCACCAUCACCGUCCUUCAACAACUCAACAGAGGGCUCCAGUGACAAAGUCAUGUACCCCCCCACCCCCAUCGGCCCUCCAUCUUACCUGCACCCAGGAGGAAGAGGACCACCAGGGCCAAUCGGAUCACCAGGAAUUCCAGGCCCAGCUGGCGAGGCAGGGGUUCCAGGACAGACCGGCCCCACAGGGCCAAUGGGAGAGAGAGGAAGACCAGGAGAGAUCGGACAUCCAGGCCCUCCAGGGCCAACCUCCUCCUCUACCCGGCCGAGAGGUGACAUGUUUGGGUUCGACGAGCAGGAGGAGACCCGUCUUACUCCAACUCUUCCUGAGUUGGUAGCUGGCCCUCCUGGCCCAUCUGGCCCCCUAGGACCUCCAGGUCCCCCUGGACCAAUCGGAUCAGCAGGAGUUCCAGGUCUCCCAGGGCGAGAUGCAGAGGGAGGUCCCCAAGGCAAGGCUGGGAAUCCCGGUCCUAAAGGAGACGCAGGGGAGAGGGGUCCUCCAGGAUUGCCAGGGGAGCACGGCCAGCCUGGGCAGUCUGGGCAGAAGGGGGAGCCAGGAGAGGGUUUGCCUGAGGGGGAAGCUGAAGGAUUGCAGCAGCUGAGGGAAGCUCUCAAGAUCCUGGCAGAGAGAGUUCUGAUUCUGGAACACAUGAUUGGCAUCCACGAGAGUCCAGUGGAGUCAGGCUCUGGACUGGAAGGCCUACCAGACUCCUUUUCCUUCCCCGCCAUCAAGACCAGACUGGCCGAGUCCACCAUCAAGACCAGGCGACUCCAGCCCCUCCAACUCUCCUCCCGUCCAUCCUCAAGGAAGCACUCUGGUGGCCAGACGGAGACCAUGUAUUUUUUAAGACACCAAUGAGUGUUUAGUGUGUGUGUGUGUGUGUGUGUGUGUGUGUGUGUGUGUGUGUGUGUGUGUGUGUGUGUGUGUGUGUGUGUGUGUGUGUGUGUGUGUGUGUGUGUGUGUGUGUGUGUGUGUGUGUGUGUGUGUGUGUGUGUGUGUGUGUCUGAUAGAAAAGGUGUAGUAUCAAAAAG